AUGCAAAAUGAGAGUAAUGCGGAGGAUGCGGCAAAUUUUAUUUACGAAAGUCUUUAUGAGGAUGUUACUUUAGGCUUUAUCUUCGAGUUUCACCAUGGUCUUAAAACAGGUCUAACAGAUUUAAUCGAAGGAGAAAAAGAGGAUGAUGACAAUUUUAAAAUAGUAAAUUCUCCAGAAUGUGACGUUUUCGGUCUUUCUGUACUGAAGAAGACGCAGGAUUGCAAUUGUGCUUGCCCAAACUGUGAGAGACCUGUUUCGGCCACAAGGUUUGCUCCGCAUCUUGAAAAAUGCAUGGGAAUGGGCCGUAACAGUUCGCGUAUAGCGUCCCGUCGUAUUGCGUCCAAUAGUCGCGAGCCAACAUCGUACGCGGGACUACUCAGUGAUGAUGAGGACGACGCCGACUGGGCUGGCGGCUCCCUGCAUAACGAGCGUCGCAAACGAAGAAUUAAGAAUAAUAAUAGCAGAAAACCCAAGUUGCAUAAUGGCAACAGUAGGAAUAACAAUGGGAAUCACAACCCUGACUCCAACGACGGUGGUGCAACCUACGAGACGAUGACGGCCAAUGAGAAGAAGAACCUAUUGCUGCAGAUAUGCGGUGUGGUCUCCGAGCAUACCAAGAAAUUGUGCACAAGGUCCACACGGUGCCCACAACACACCGAGGAACAACGUCGCGCUCUACGUAACAGCGUUCUGGAACCAUCCACCCCAGAAUCCCAGACCAUGGGCCUGGCAGCAGACGAGGCGGGCUCUCCUCCAGACUCUAGCCCUUCAUCGUCCUGCUCCUCAUCGAGUCGUAAACGUGACCGGCACCGCGCACCACCCAAGAUGAAGAACAAGCGGGAUCGGAAUAUGUCCCCUAAUGGCAGGGAUUAA